AGCCUGAGGUGCUGGAGAAGUGAUCGUUGCUCUUUUGAGAGACGUUUAAAAUAGGCAGUUAUAUGUUGUGCUUCUUUACGAAGGGACUGUAUGGUGCUAGAUGUUAAGAACAGAGCUGUAAUAAAGGUGGUGGAUGAUACUGAGCUGCUGACUGGCAAACAGAAACAUGACUGAUACAGAUGGAUCCCAGGCUUCUAGCACUGAUUGCCCUGAUGACCAAGAGCUAAUCAGCAGUCGGCAGGUAAAACCUCAUAAAAUACAUGCAUGGGAAACAAAUACACAGAUGGAGUGUUCAAGGCAAAGGAAUGCUGCUUCUGAUGAAUCUUCAGAUGAGCUUAACAUAUGUAAAUCGUCAGCUGCUUCACCUGAGGUUUUGCUGGACAGCAGUGAUUCAGAAAUUGACGUCUCUGUUGCUGGUGGCAGUGGGUACCAUCCCAAAUGUUCCACUGCCCCUGCAAAGCAAAAAAGGAAAUCUGAGUCUUCAGGGCAACAAGCUGAAGCUGUUACAGGAGUGCCUGACAAUGAAAACUCCUCAGAUUCUUCUCUGUCCCCUCCAAGUCCACCAAAACCAUCAGAAAUUCCAAAGAGGCACAAGUCAAAAUACGAUUUGAAAGCCAUUUUUGACUAUCACUUCCGGCGGAAAAAGUUUAAGACUGCUGCACGCCAAAAAUACAUGUGUGGCCCAGAGAAGAAGAGGAAGAAGUCAAAAUAUGUGAGCACACAGAUGCCUGUGGGGAGGCCAGCACUGACUGCCUCCCCUGAGGAGCGAAGGAGAAGGCUUCUACACAGAGGUGCUCAGUUCCCUUUUUUUAAAAAAUAUUAUGGGAAGAAACAUACUCCCCUGAAGAUGGUUCUUGGCUAUGAGCAAGCAGCUCUAAAGGGAUAUUUCCGGUACAUUGAAAUGCUUAAAUAUGAAGAACAUCUUAAAAAAGCUUUAAAAGAUCUUCAGGCUAGUGAAGACUUGGAAAGAGAAUGUAUGAUGGAACGAAAACACAAAUACUUGGAUGACGAAGGCCCAAUUUCCCCUAUUCAGGAGACAAAUGAUAAUGAUGACAGCUUGAAUUCUGAUAAUCAAGAAGACCAUGAUGUCAGAAUAGUGGAGAACAGCUCUUUUAUUCUAAGCAGCAAAAUCCCCAGUAAGAAAAAAUCAAAGCCAGAAAAGAAAUGUGCAAAAUUAAGUGGUUGAAGUAGAGGAGGAAUAUGACGGCACCUGAGAACUUUGGGCUUCUGUGGGUUUACGUUGGUGAACAGGCAAAUGAGAUGGCAGUGGUCACUCAAUGUUGUCACAUGCAGUUUAAGGGAUCUACCUGAGAGAUACUCUAUGGCUUGAAAGACUCAUCCUGGAUCUAGGAGUGGGGUUCUUGCAGGUUUAUGGUGCUUUUGGAGGAGGAAAUGCCACUUGGUUUUCCUGAUGUAAAAGGCUCUGCAGAUUGAGCACAGCAUCUUUUGAGUGCUUCAGUUCUUAUGGCUGUUAGCUGGUUUCUGAUGUACAACUCUGUUACUUGAGUGGACUCCUGUGGAGCACAUUGGUGAAAGAGGUAAGUUUUGUGUUUCUGCUGAACUUCAGCUUAAGGGUAUCAGAUUUCUUCAGGCAAGUACUAUUUCUACAGCAAGUAACCAGACUAACUUAUGCACUGGAUGGUAUCUGCACCCAGCAGUGUUUUCCUGGUGGGGUGUUCAAAAAGCAGUGCUACAGUAUUUCAGCAGCUGGCAUCGUUGGUUUCCAUGCUUAUGUGCUGGUUAAACUUGGUAUUUCUGUUGAAACAAGUACAUUAAAAGUUUCUUAUUGGAAAGCUUGUAAAAUGCAAUAUUGAGGAGCUAUAAUGAUAUUACUUGAAAAUAUUUCUUCUUAAAAGGGCAUUCCUGUGAUGUCUAGAACACAAUGGAAAGCAUCUACUUGAGGGGAGUCCACCUGGUAGUCCGGUCUGAAGCAGCAUCUUGGUGGUAUGUGAUUAGAGAAGAUAACAGAAGAAACGCCGGAUGUCAUUUCAUGGCAAUCUGAAGGCUCUUCUGGAGCUGGUACUGGCUUGUGUUUUGGUACAAAUAGCAAAGAUGAUUCAAGUGGAAAAGCUUGGUGCUUUAGGAUACAGAGUAAAGUGGGUGUUGCUGUGUUGAAGGGAUGAGCUGCAGAAGAUAACCUGUGUGACAGUGUCUGCAUGUGGGAGGCCUGAGAAACCGAGAGUUGCCAUCAAAGUGAGUCUGAAGGUGAGUGCUUAGCAGAAUGGCUGGUGCUACAGAGAAACUUGAGGUCACUUCAAAGAGGGUUUGCAUGGCUGAGAAACCAGCAGCUCUUAACGCGGUGACCGCACAUUGAAAUCCUCUGCAGGAUGCCGUGGACACGUGUUGUGUGCUAUGGUCUAUUUAUGAGGAGAUAAACCUGAUGUAGUUGGGCCUUUUGGACUAGAAAAGGAUGUUUAUCCACUGCCCUCAGGGUUUUUGAGAUGUUGAUGUAGGAAGAGGCUGAUCAGUUUAAUGCUGAAACCAGCUGACUUCCACAGCAUGGAAAACUGAAGAACACGUUGAUCCAAUUGUGGCACAGGCUGUCUUGUAACUUCAUUGCUGCUUACGUGUCCAUGGAAGGACAGUGAAGCUGGGGAAGGGUCUGGAGCACAGGCUUAUGGGGAACAGCUGAGGGAAUUGUGGUUGUUCAGCCUGGAGAUAAGGAGGCUCAGGGGAGAUUUUAUUGCUC